UAUUCCGAUAGUUUCUCUCUGUCUUGUUAAAAUACUGCAUAGCGCUUUCAUAGCUCUGUAGUCGCGCCAUUUUUACUGUUUCGUUUUGCUUUCAUUACCGUUAUCAUUUCAAUUAUUUAAUACGCGUUACAAUAAAAUGAUAAUAAUAAGUGGCUAUCACAAUGAAUAUCGAGUUAAUUUAUAUAACAGUGCGUUUAGUACACUAUCAGUUAAAAAUUUUAAGUUAUUACAAAUUUCAUAUUUGCUCUCAUAUAUAUAUGUACUCUUUCUUUAAGAUGAAUAAAUAUUUCGUUUGUCCUCGUAUUUAUACUUGAGUGCGGUAGGUAGGUAAUACGUAAUUUAAUACAUAAUCGUAUAUCUAGUAUAUAAAUAAGCUGUAUUUUAGCUGUUAUAAAUAAAUUAGCUGUGUUUUAUUUUAACUAAGAAUAAAGUUAUAGAUACAAACAGCAAUGAAAUUGACGAAAUUUUAGUUUCGUAUCGUUAUGUAAAACAAAUUUUGUCUGUUUUGAGCAUUUUUUGCGUUAGAAACCGUAAGAAAAAAGCUACUGAAAGCAUAUACUAUAGAGAAGUUUGAUACAUGUAGCGUGAACGAUAAUAGUAUGGCAAUUUGAUUUAUUUCUUAAUAAUAGAAACUGUAGAAUUUUGGCAAUUUUUGGCUAGCUUACUUUCGUAAAGAACGUGCCAAUUUCAAUCUCCUUAUUACGAGCAAAUAUGAAAUACUUAUCAUGUUUAUCGUUCAAGCGAUAUCAUCAUUUCGAGAUGGAAUAAUAGCCAAUCUGACAAACAAAGUCAGCUGUACAAAUAAAUACUGUAUUUUUCUCAAGUGUUUUCAAAAUUAUAUAAAUUACUGAACAUGCAUCUAGAUUUAUUGAAAUAAAUUAUAAAAAAAGUAAUAUUGUUUCGAGUAUUAAGAAAACGAAAAAGUAUUAAAAUUGAUAAAAAAAUAUUAAAUUGUGUAAAAAUAUUUUGUAUAUUUAUUCGUAUUUUUACGAAUGAUUUUCCUUACUAUUUUAACGCGAUGUAAAAAUUCAUAAUUCAUCGUAAUGUGGAUGAAAAAAGGGAAAAAUGUGUACUUUCGUACGUAAUGUGCACUCGAGACUGGGAAUGAGUUUAAUCUAGCGCUAGCAAGUAUUUUUAACACAAUCACGUAUACGAACGUUAAUUUAUGUGGUCAAUGGGCUGAAGCUAAUGCAUAACGUUCAAUCCUACUACCAUAAAACGUUCAUGUAUGAAAAUUACCUUAAAGUUCAAGGGAAGUAUACACGGUUAGAGAGAAUAUUAGAAGCAAAAUAGAUAUAUUGAUCAAGGGAAUCGAAAUAACAAGGACGAAAAACAGACGGCAGUAGCGGACAUUUGCAAGUUAUAUCUCGAACAAGAAUUUAUAUCCACUGUACGAGAAGCAUCGGGAAAAUCUGAGAGGAUGAAGACCGUCUGGAUAAUCGGUGGGCCAGGAUGUGGGAAAGGAACACAGUGCGAACGAAUAAUUGCAAAAUAUGGAUUCUUUCACAUAAGCAGCGGUGAUCUACUGCGAGAAGAAGUUGCCAGUGGUAGUCCCAGAGGAGCUUCGCUACAGGAAACCAUGUCCCAAGGUUUAUUUGUCUCAACGGAUAUCGUACUGGAUCUGAUAAGAGAACGGAUGGAAAAGGCUAAGAAGGAAAAAGCUACAAAAACUGGAUUUCUUAUUGACGGAUAUCCCCGUGAAUUAGAACAAGGUCUCCUUUUCGAAAAGAAAGUGUGUCCUGUCGAUUUAAUCAUUUUCUUCGAUGUUUCGAACGAAACGUUAGAGAAGAGGCUACUAGGGCGCGCAGCAGUAUCGCAAAGAGCUGACGAUAAUCUUGAAACGAUCAAAAAGAGAAUUCAGAUAUUUAACGUAAAAAAUGGAGAAAUUGUUAACCAUUACAAAGACAAAGUUCUAAGAAUCAAUGCUGAAGGCAGUGUGGAUGACAUAUUCGCCGAAGUUUCCAAAGCGUUAGAUGCUUUGUUGAAAUUGAAAUAGAUCCUGAAGUCUCUCAUAGAGAUCCUUCUAUAAAACCGUCAAAAUCAUUCGACAUAAUUCUUUGGAAGUCUACGAUCAAAAUAUAAAAUAUAUUUUACGUUUCUUACCCAUUUGUAUUUAUACAAAUAUUUGAUUUGUACAAGUCUAUGAACGAUUUAUUCAACGUUUUGAUAGUUUGGCGUACAGUAACGGUCGAAUACGUGUAUUAGAUACCAAAGAGUACCUGUUCUUGUUGGCGAUAUAUUCUAUAACGAGUUAAAAUAGAACUGUUAACGAAAUAAUUCACGAUAUUUCGUAGAAAAUACCUCAUCUUUUGAUUGUUAUAACAUCGCUCGUAAUUUUAUCGAUUGUUUCGAAUAAUAAUAAUAAUAAUAAU